AUGGGAAUUGAUCCAGUGACUCACAGUCCUCGCCUGGAUCUUCUUGAUUUAUCCACUGUUCUAAACUCAUCUCUCCACAAUGCAUCCCAUUUUAAUUUCUCAAGAUUAUUAGGGAUGCAGAAUAUAAUAAACCCUGAUUUGCUAAGGUUAGCUACUUCUAUCUUAGCAUUCCAAUCCCAGAACCAGGGUUUUCCUCUACAAAAAAAUGUUCAAGAAAAUCAGAUUUUCAAUGAUCAAGUUCAAAACCAGAUGCCCUCAUUAGUCCAACCUUGCCAAUUACUACAAACCCCAGUUCAAGAUGAUCAAUCCCAACUCAUGAUGCAAUCAGACAGUGAAAAUUUCCCACAAAAUAUCUCACUGAACGAAUGGCAAAGUAGUGGAUUUUUGACAGAAGAUUAUGUACCUACAGUCACAAAUUACGACUACUAUAGGCCGUCCAAUCAACCCAUCAUCAUAGAUCCUUCUCCAUCUGAUGAUCAGACUUCAACAUUUCAAUCUAAUAGCUGCAAUACUUUCAGUUUCCAAUCCAUUUUGUCGAAUAUAUCAACGCCUUCAUCAAGUCCAACUCCAAAUUCAACUUAUAUCAACAGCAGCAGUACAAGUCAUGGAGAUGAGAGAGAGAGCUACGGCAACAACAUGUUGAAUUUCGAUAUGGACGUAAAUGAAUUUAUGCAACUUCAUUAA